AUGCCGGCAGACGAGACGCACGAGCCGGCUGGAACCAGCGCAGAGCAGGACCUCAUCAAUCGCUUGUACGAGCAACGCGCGCCGCUCAAGGCGGAGGAGCGCGCGCUGUCGAGGCAGCUCGGCGCACUCUCGGCGCGAACCGCCACGCUCAAGGAGGAGAUGCAGGCCAUCCUGGACAAGCUCGCCGAGUACAGUCGGCAGUCGGCGCGCGCUUCCCCGAACACUCAGAUGGUCAAGCAGAUCGCCAGACAGCUCGAGCUACUGCUCGGCAAUGCCGAACUGCCCCGAGGGCUGCGUGCGCCCAACCAGGCCAUGCUCGAAGCCUUUCGCAACGACCUGCGCCGUCGACAAGGUCAGCUCCCGACGGCGCCUCGUCAACCGGCAGCUCUCGACGCCGUCACUGGCGAGCCGGGCGGCUCGGCGCCCCCCGAGGGCAGCCACCGCCGGGCGGUGCUGUAUCGCAGGCGCGGUCACUAG